CUGGUGCUUCCUCAUGAUUGGGUUCAAGGUUUCCAUUUUUUUGGCUAGAAUCUCUCAAAACUGUCACUGACUCUUCUCAUUGCAUCCUACUGGGUGACCGUGAUUCCACUCUGCCCGCUCUGACAACCUUCACUUUGAUCUCUUGAUUAAGGUGGUGGCUACCAAGUUUCACACCAUGGAACUUUCACACACUCUUCCAGAUUUGUAAUUGAUAGCAAUUUUGUGGGGAAUUACUCUGAGACUACGAAUAUCCUGUUUCUCAUCAAAUUUUAAUUAAUUAAUAUCGGUGGGUUAUAGUCUGUUGCUCUCAUUGUUUCUUUUGAUGUUCAGAUUGUCUUUGAUUUGGGAGCGUCUUCAAGCUGGCAGCUGUGUGCUUUUUACAUCUCCAUUCUUUUUUUGAGGAAUUCCUUGCUUUCUGAUAGAACAAGUUUUUUUUAAGCUCCUUUUGUCCUUAUGCUACCUUGGCCCUGGAGUCAGCCUUUAAUGAUAUUUAGAAACUAAUAUCUGGGCACCAGGAGUACUACUGCUGUUAGAGUGCCACAGCUCCUGGACCUUCUCCGUGGACAGUCAGGAAGUGUAGGUAUGUGACACACACACAUGAAUCACAAGGAUAUCUCAAGUUCCACAGAGGUCAUUCUAGCUGUUUGCCAUUGUCCCUAGUAUUUGUACCUAUUCGGUCAGGCUCCCUGUUUCUGCCCCCACCCUCUCUCCCUUGCACAGGUGCCCUCCUCAGCCACUCAGAUGUCAGUGCCCCCCACCUCCACGUGGCUCUGAAUUUCCCUGCUGGGCCAUCUCUUCUAGGGGUUUCUUCUUCACCCUGCUUGGUUGGGCCCCAGCUCCCACACCAGCCACAUCUCCAUGUGCACACUCUCGUCACCUGCCCUGGGCUCUAACCACCUGCCCUGAGCUCUCUGACUCCCGGGCACCAGGUGCCUGCCUUGUUCUGCCACCUCACGUGACUUUCGGACUAAAUUGAGCAGGAGGGGCAGAGCUGGGGAUGGGAAGGCGUUAAUUUAAAUACGCUUUGGCAGAAUUGCCCUUUUCGAUGCACUUUGCUAUUUAAAGGGCUCCUGUUCCGCAUCUCGGUAUAAAGUAACAGUGCUCGGUACAGGGGACGCAAGUGAAGAUAGACACAAUACGACUCUUGUAAAUUACCUUGCAGUUAAUCCAAAUUUCAUUCACAUACUGGGGUUGCUCAGUGUUCAAAAGAAGGUUUCACUUUUAUCUGCUUAUAACAACACUGAAUUACCUGAAUAGAGUCAACAAAGAUAAAAUCUCUAUAACUUUUAUGGAUCCAAAUUUCUGAAAAGACUUUCAUACUUUAAAUAUUUUGCAGAACAUUUAGUUUAUAAAAUGAUAGCUCAUCUUCGGGCAGCUCUGAAAGGCACAUCUGUAGUCUUGAUGAUGUGCCUCAAGAGUAUAGCCUUUGAUUCUGCUGUUUCAUUUCUGGGAAAUUCUGAAGGGAAUAAUAGUCAGGGAUAGGCCUUAAGGAUCAUCUGCAAGGAUGUAUUGAACACCAGGGGAUAAGGUAGGUCAUGGGAUAGAUGAGCCAUGGGGUGAGACAGGGCACAGCCUUUAUGGAGCAUGGACAGAUGGCAGCGGUCAAGGGCAAAGGAGAAGAGUGCACACUUUGGUAAAAAGUACCUUCGUGCUUCUAAAUUAGAAGUUUUUAAUCUUGUGAUUGUAGCAAUUGUCUCUGGAUUAUGAGAAGUUACUUUUUAGGAGAAAACUCCUUGGCUACAGUCACUGUGUGACAUAUUGCUUUUAUGGAGGUGUAAUUAACAUACACAAAAAGGCAUAGAUCUUGUUUUUUUAUGUUUGAUGACUUUUUGACAAUUAUAUACAUCUGUGUAACUACCGCUUAAAACAGGAAGUUGUAUAUUUUUUUUUGCUAGUCAUACCUCAUUGGAAUUCCGGUGGCUGGGGUCCAGUUAAACACGCCCGUCAUCUAUUAUUGCAUGUUCUGCCUGCAGCUUCACUUCCUGCCAAUCAGUGAGAAAUCUUCCCAGUGUUGGUAGUUUUUCACGCUGCAUUGGUGGCACCCUGGUUGUUUGUCCAGUAACUGACAACGAGCGGGAGAUUCAAAAGUGGAUGAAAUAUCCAAAAGGGAUGCUUUUAGAGAUGCUUAUUUAUUUUUAUAUAUAAAGAAUCCCUUUGAAACCUUAUGACUGAGUGUGAAUUUCACUUUCUUGUGGCCCUUCAUAUCCAGAGGUGUAUGUAUUGUCGUGGGAGAAGCAGUAGAGCAGUUUUGUGGCUAAGAAAUGAUGAGUGUGUGCUUUCCUGCUCUUGGUAUUUAGCUGGGGAGGCCCUAAUCUUUUUUUUUUUUUUUUUUUUCUUGGUACACGGGCCUCUCACUGUUGUGGCCUCUCCCGUUGCGACGCACAGGCUCAGUGGCCAUGGCUCACGGGCCCAGCCGCUCCGCGGCAUGUGGGAUCCUCCCGGACCGGGUCACAAACCCGUUUCCCCUGCAUCGGCAGGCGGACUCUGAACCACUGCGGCGCCGGGGAAGCCCGAGGCCCUAAUCUUGUGUGCUCAGUAGUGGUGGUGAGAGCGUCCAUUUUCUCAGUGUUUCCUGCGUGUCUGUCACGGCGUUGAGUGCUUUGCAAACGACUCAAUGUACCUUCACAAUCCCGAGGGCUUCCUUUAUUACCGUUCAAAACGAGAAACUAAGGUGUAGAACAUUGGCGCUCACCCAAGCCUCAUUCCAAAUAUAGUAAAGGACAGAGCAGGAUUGAAACCCAGGUCCGCCUGCCGCGGGGCCGCGCUGCCUCUCUAAGAAGUCCUCCGUGGGCAGUGUGUUCCGGCAGCAGUCUGUCGAGGACAAAGAGGACAAGCCACCCCCGAGGCAGAAGUUCGUCCAGUCGGAGAUGUCCGAGGCCGUGGAGCGAGCCCGAAAGCGCCGGGAAGAGGAGGAGCGCCGGGCCCGGGAGGAGAGGUUGGCCGCCUGUGCCGCCAAACUCAAGCAGCUGGACCAGAAGUGCAGGCGGGCUCAGAAGGCGGGCGGGGCCCAGGAGCCGGCGGGGAAGGAGGCGCCCCGCUCUCCAGGCACCCCACAGGAGAAUGGCCCAGCUGUCCGCAGAGGCUCCCCCGAGUUCUCUGCCCAGGAAGCCCCCAGCACGUUUUCGGAAGAAGCCCCUACAGCUCCUCCAGCUGUGGCUCAGAGCGGCGGCAGUGACGAGCGGGCCAGGGAGCCUGGGUCCCCCGCGCAGGAGUUCAAGUACCAGAAGUCGCUUCCGCCCAGGUUCCAGCGCCAGCAGCAGCAGCAGGAGCAGCUGUACAGGAUGCAGCACUGGCAGCCGGUGUGCCCUCCGCCGCCCCACCCGCAGCGCACCUUCUACCCGCACCAUCCUCAGAUGCUGGGCUUCGACCCCAGGUGGAUGAUGAUGCCUUCCUACAUGGACCCACGAAUCCCACCCACUCGGACCCCAGUGGAUUUCUAUCCCUCAGCCCUACAUCCCUCGGGAUUGAUGAAACCCAUGAUGGCCCAGGAUUCUCUCAGUGGAACGGGCUGUCGCUCUGAGGAUCAGAGCUGUGUGCCCCCACUGCCAGAAAGGAAAGUGACCACCAUCGAUGCAGCCCCUGUGUGGAGCCCCGAGGGUUACAUGGCGUUGCAGAGCAAGGGCUACUCGCUCCCCCACCCGAAAUCCAGUGACACUUUGGCCAUGGACAUGCAUGUCAGGAAUGAAAGCUCUUACUCUGCCUCACCUGGAAGGUCAGGGGGCGUAAGUGCCCGGCGCGAUCUCCUUGAGGAGAGAGGGGAGGAGUACUUGAGUGCUUUUGACAAGAAGGCCCCAGCAGACUUUGACAGCUGUGUCUCUUCUCAAAGAAUAGGCCAGGAGAUUUUGUUUCCACCCCAAGAAAAUGUUCAGGAAGCAGGCGCGCCUGGGAGUCACACCACAAACCUCAGGUGUUCCACACUGGAGCCCGACUUUGCCCCGGCUGAGAAAAAACCAGAGUAUAGCGAUUGGGACGUGAGCCGCCAGCCGAAGGCCGCCGACCCAGACACCAGGGUCGAGAAAGAGGCGCCCCAGGAGGAGCUGUCCUUCAGUGUCUCCUCCUGGGAGAAGGAAGGGAGCCCUGGCAAACAGCCGGCCCUGGAGCCCGAGUGGACACCAGAAGCCCGGGGCACCGGCAGUCAGCACCCGGAGCAGACCAGCAGGACCCGGAGGUCCGGCCCCAUCAAGAAGCCCGUCCUGAAGGCCCUCAAGGUGGAAGACAAGGAGAAGGAGCUCGACAAGGUGAAGCCGGAGCUGGGAGAGGGGAGCGCCCGCCUGGCUCGGGAGACGGGGCCCGUUUGCGAGGCGGCCGAGAACCAGGACCAAGAGAACGCCCCCGCGCUGGCCAGCGUGGCCCCGGCCGCCUCAGAGGACCGGGGCUCGGCCCGUGCUGCCUUGGGCCGCGAGGCCAGCCGGCCGGAGGAGGAUGGCCAGCCCGACGGGGCCCGGGCGGCCAGCCACACCCCCCCUACCAGGAGGAAUAACUGGAUCUUCAUUGAUGAGGAGCAGGCCUUUGGGGGCCGGGGGCAGGCCCGGGGCCGCGGCCGCGGGUUCCGAGAGUUCACUUUCCGCGGGCGGCCCGCGGGCGGCGGCCUCUGUGGCGGGGGUGUCCUUGGGGCGCGGGGCCUCUAUGGCGGCAGCCAGAGGAGCGGCCGCGGCCGGGGACCGCGAGAGUUCGGGCUGGCAGAUGACUUCCCCCGGGCCAAGCCCCGGCGGAGGAUCGCCAGUGAGACCCACAGCGAGGGCUCUGAGUACGAGGAGCUUCCCAAGCGGCGACGGCAGCGGGGCGCCGAGACCGGGGACGAGGGCGCGCUCCCGGAGAGGGAGGAGGCCGCCGGGAGGAAGGGUGACUUCAGGGAGUCCUGGAGGUCCGGCAGGAUGUGCCCCGAGGAACACGGCGGGCCAGAGGCCAAGAACCGAGGCCCGCGGGCCUUCGGGCGCGCCCUCCCCCCGCGGCUGAGCAACUGCGCAUAUGGCCGGAGAACCUUCGCGGCCAAGGAGGCGGCCCCCUGGCCGAGCCGGGGUCUGGGCGCCUCCUGGCAGGAGUCCGGCCCCCCCGACACGUGCGGGGCCCGGCGGCCCUCAGACAGAGACUACAUCCCGGACGCCUACAGACACCCCGACGCCUUGGGCACCCGGGGCUUCGAGGAUGGCCGUGUGGAGGACAAGAGGGCCUUCUUCCAAGAUGACCACGCGGCAGAUUCCGAAAAUGCCGAGAACCGGCCCUUCAGGAGAAGACGGCCCCCGCGCCAGGACAAGCCCCCCCGCUUCCGGCGCCUUCGGCAGGAGCGGGAGGCCCUGGGCCUGUGGGGGCCGGAGGAUGAGCAGCCCCUGCCAGCGGGCCAGUGGCCGGGCCGGCCCAGACCCUGUCCCGGGGACAGGAGCGGCACCACGGGCCGCAGGUCCCCCGAGCUCGCCUGCCAGAACUCCUCGGACCACGCCAACGAGGAGUGGGAGACGGCCUCCGAGAGCAGCGACUUCAGCGAGAGGCGGGAGAGGCGGGACGGGCCCGGGCCCGGGUCCGAGCCCGACCCCCAGGCCGACGGCCUGCCCGGGGCGAGCACGGGCGAGAAGAAGGAGCUGGCCAAGCGGAGCUUCUCCGGCCAGAGACCCCUCGCUGACAGACAGAGCCGGAAGCUGGAGCCGGGAGGGUUCGGGGAGAAGCCUGUUAGGCCAGGUGGCGGUGAGACUUCUCCCCGUUAUGAGAGCCAUCAGAGUGGGACGCCUUUGAAAGCCAAAAGGUCCCCGGAUGACACCUUGCCUGGAGGUCUCGGCUGCAGCAGUGGGAGCGGCCACUACACGCUGGAGCGGGCAGCCCAUGCCACCUCUGACAUCCCUGAAGCCUCCUGUGAGAGGGCAGAGAAGGAGGCCCAGCUUGCUGCCCAGAGGGCAGGCGAACAGGGAGAGACCAUGAAACCGUUUGACCUGAACUAUGGAAAUGCCGGCGUUGAAAACUGCGGAUCCAGCCCCGGAGAGGAGGGUGAGGUGGGCUCUGUGGUGGGGGAAGGCUUCAUCGAAGUCCUGACCAAGAAGCAGCGCCGUGUGCUGGAGGAAGAGAGGAGAAGGAAGGAGCCAGCCGUGCAGGUACCUGUCAAAGGCCGAAAUCUUUCCUCUCGUAUUCCUCCUCGGUUUGCGAAAAAGCAGAACCACCUGUGCCUGGAGCAAGGUGAUGGAGCUGUGCCUGGCAGUAGCCUGGGUACCGAGAUCUGGGAGAGCAGCGGCCAGGCAGCCCUCCCCAUUCAGGCCUCGACCGGCGACUCCUGGGCCAAAGCCGCCACUGCCUUUGCCGGCACCGAGCCCGGCUCUGCCGAGCAGGGCUUUAAGAGCAGCCAGGGAGACAGUGGCGUUGACCUGAGCGCCGAGUCUCGGGAGUCCUCAGCGACCUCCUCGCAGCGCAGCUCCCCGUACGGCACUCUGAAACCCGAGGAGGCGAGCGGGCCUGGCCUGGAGCCCAAGGCCGAUGGCCACAAGGAGCAGACUCAGAAGCAGUCGGAGCCGAAGGAUUCCGAACAAGGCUCAGGACAGAGCAAGGAGCACAGACCAGGCCCCAUCGGCAAUGAGCGGUCUCUGAAAAACAGAAAGGGCUCCGAGGGGGCUGAGCGGCUGCAAGGGGCUGUGGUCCCCCCUGUCAAUGGGGUGGAGAUUCACGUGGACUCUGUGCUGCCAGUGCCCCCCAUUGAAUUUGGAGUCAAUCCAAAGGACUCUGAUUUCAGCUUGCAGCCCGGUUCUGCCUCUGGUCCCGCGGGGAAUCCAGUUGUCAAACUUCAGGACGCGUUGGCCAGUAACGCUGGGUUGGCACAGAGUAUUCCCAUCCUCCGGCGCGAUCAUCACAUCCAGAGGGCCAUCGGCCUCUCCCAGAUGUCCUUCCCCACCGCUGACCUCACUCUGAAGAUGGAGUCUGCGCGCAAGGCUUGGGAGAACUCACCCAGUUUGCCGGAGCAGAGCUCUCCAGGAGGCACUGGCUCGGGCCUGCAGCCUCCAUCCUCCGGGGGAGCCUCCAGCGGGGUCACCUACAGCUCCUUCGGUGGGGUCUCCAUGCCCCCCAUGCCCGUGGCCUCGGUCGCACCUUCUGCGUCUCUUCCAGGCAACCACCUGCCACCUCUCUACCUGGAUGGCCAUGUGUUUGCAAGUCAGCCCCGGUUGGUUCCUCAGACGAUACCUCAGCAGCAGAGUUACCAACAGGCUGCCGCUGCCCAGCAGAUCCCGAUUUCCCUUCACACAUCUCUGCAAGCUCAAGCCCAGCUCGGGCUGAGGGGCGGGCUCCCCGUCUCCCAGUCUCAGGAGAUCUUCAGCUCCUUACAGCCCUUCAGAUCUCAGGUGUAUAUGCACCCCAGCCUGUCACCGCCCAGCACCAUGAUCCUCUCCGGAGGCACAGCCUUGAAGCCCCCCUACUCGGCGUUCCCAGGCAUGCAGCCCUUAGAGAUGGUGAAGCCCCAGUCCGGCUCGCCCUACCAGCCCAUGAGUGGAAACCAAGCCCUGGUCUACGAGGGCCAGCUCGGCCCGGCCGCCGGGCUCGGCGCCUCCCAGAUGUUGGACUCCCAGCUCCCGCAGCAGCUGACGAUGCCGCUGCCUGGCUCCCAGCUGCCCCUGCCUCGGUACGGCUCUGGGCAGCAGCCCCUGCUCCUGCCGCAGUCCAUCCAGCUGUCACAGGGGCAGAGCCUCUCUGUUGGGGCCCCCCGAAGAAUGCUCCCACCUGGCUCCCAGCCUUCGGUCCUUAACACCAGCAGAGAGUCCUCUCAGAUGGAGAUGAAGGGCUUCCACUUUGCCGACAGUAAACAGAAUGUUUCUUCAGGAGGCUCCAUGCCAUCACCGCAGACCUACAGGCCUAGCUCUGCUAGCCCCAGUGGGAAGCCCUCUGGAUCAGCAGUUAACAUGGGCUCUGUGCAGGGACACUACGUUCAACAGGCAAAACAACGAGUGGAUGAAAAGCCCAGCCUGGGAACCGUGAAGCUGCAGGAGGCCCCCUCAGCCGCUUCCCAGCUGAAGCGAACUGGAGCGAUCAAGCCCCGGGCGGUGAAGGUGGAGGAGAGCAAGGCCUGAAGAUGCUGGGCCUGGCCUGCCCGGAAGGACUGCCGCCCCUCGACCUCGCUGCCACCGGACGCUGGGGAGUCUCCCAGGUGGAUCCACCGUCCACCGACCUGGCCCGGACUGCGAGAUCUCCCUGCUCUCCUCCACUCCUGAAAGCUCCGUUGUCCAACCAGCUUGCACCCGUGGAUCUGUGGCAUUGACCUGCUUGGCUUUAACACGAAAAAAACAAAAAAGCAAAUGACUCCAUUCCCGCCUCCUUUGCGCCACGACCGUGGAGUGACCGAGCCGUUGUGCCGUGCAGAUUAACCCCGCCCUCCCCUCCUCAUCCUGCUUCUGGCGGCCAAGGCGCCCUCCACCGAGCUUCCUUCCCUCCCCGCUUUCCGUCCCCGGGCACAGUGGUCUGGCAGCAGGGCCGUUUUAGUUGAGGCUUUUUGUUCUAAAAAGCAGCUAAAGGUUUUUACAAAAGAGAAAGGAAAAGAGAAACACAAGCUUCGUCUGUAAGAGCUGGACUUUUAUAUGUUCUUUGCCAUCCUCUCCCUGACCCCUCUUCUGUUGUGGUAGUUUCCUUUUAACCUCUCUCCUGUUUCAUUUGAUACAUCACUGCUGUGAUACCUUAAGAGGUGACGCGUAGGAACGUGCCCUCUCCUCUCCUGCUCUCUGUGUCUCGGUUGGUUAACCUUUGAGGUUACUUGCAAAAAGAAGUGGUGACUUAAGACACCGCUCCUGAGCUUGGGAAGCGGUGGUGGGAGGGAGGGGAGGGGGGAUGGCGUUUUAGUCGGGAAGCCGCUGGCCUGGUGACCACAGCGACUUCAUGGGCGGCCCGGCUCGGUGAAGUUGACGCCGUUUUUAGCAUAAGAAUUACACAGAAUUUCUGUCUUGAACUCUUCAAAACUGGUGGGGACACUGACCGCUGGGCACCUGAGGUGAAUCAUGGAGAUAGAAGGCCCUGGCAUUUUCCAGUCUGGCCUGGACGGUGCGAACUGACAGCGCCAGCCCCCGUCAGUGUCUGCUUCUGGGACUCCAGCGCCCGCGGGGCCUGAUGUUUUCCCACACGCUCCCUCCCCUCCGAGCUUCCCUCGUCCUUCCUGAGCUGUCCUUCCUGAGCUGCCUCCGUGUCUCUGGGUCCUCCUGUCCCUCCACCUCUCUCACAGCUCGUCACUGGAAGCCACGCACUUCCUCUGUGGUGACGGACGCGUGGACAGUUGUCACUAGAGACCGUGCACUUCAUCCGCGUGGCCGUGAGCACAUGGACGGGGGUUUGGUUGGGUCUACGACAGAGGCGUGAGCUCUGGGAGGCUGCUGGGAGGGCUUCCUUUUCUCCGCUCCCAGCAGCAGACCCAGGCUGUGGGGACAGAGAGGCCUGAGCUGGGCAGUGGGUCUCUUCAAGGACAGAGCAGUGUCCAAGGGGAGGAUGGGUUGCAGGGCUGACGGUGACUCCCAGAACAGCCUGGGUAGCCUCGUAAGUCUGCAGAGCUGCCUUUGUCAGAGUCUGUGUGAGGCAUUUUAUGCUAGGCUUUUGUUUUUUAGAUAAGAAUUAGAAGGAAAUCAUCCCAAAUUCUGUCGUUCCAAGGAAAGGCGAGGGGAAAUUUGAAGUUUUGCUCACGCUCUUGGGAGUAACUAACGCGCCAUCUACCUGCCGUUGCUGGCGGGUCCAGGGAAGACCUGCCUCGGAGAAUGGGCAGUAGGCCAUCGGGGGCGUGCCCCACAGAGUCCACCCGCAGUGUCGCCACAGGUGUGUGACAGUCACUCGGGCAGUGGCUCUAAGCUCUGUCCAGUGUGGAACACGGGGAAAGAAGCGCCUUAGGAACCGCCGAAGUCACUUGUUGCUCUUCAGUGCUUUAAGGAAGUGGGGGAGCAACAGCCUCCUGGCAGAGGGUGCAGGGCUCCUCCGGCGUCAUCCGGGGAGGCCGGUUUUCCUGAAGGAUGCUUCGCUGCUUGUUCGAUAGUGUUCAGCACUCCCUCCUUGCCUCCACCCUCAGGCCUUACUUCUCACUAGCUUUUUUUUUUUUCUCCUUCAUCCCCUGACUCUUUACUCGGAAGGCCCUUCUUGAAGGGCUGCCCACUGGCUCACCUGCUCUUGUCUCCCUUCCCCCGCGAGUGCCUAGCUGCCGUCCCUGCACCCAGCCGCCCUGACUGAGCUCCUCUCCGCUCCAGUCGCCCCUGCAGAGGCCACACACUCACUCUUAGAAACACGGCCAGACCCCUCACACCUAAUUCCAGUGCACAUUGUUUGUCAAAAGGAAAAAAGGCUUUCUCAUUUUGAAAUUGAACAGGACAGUCCUGGAUGCUGUUACAAACUCUCAAGCUGUAUGCUUCAGGUGAACCUGCCAUCGGAGUGACGGUACUUCCUGUUUGAGAAAAAAUAAAAACGAAAGGGUCACCUGUUAUCCAGCCCUUUUCUCUACCCCUGUAUUUCCCCACCCCCACCCCCCAAUAAAAACAGAAAACACUAGAA